AAUCGAAAUCAAAGGCACCGUAAUAAAACAAGAAAAUUUCCUUUUAAAAUUUAGUAAUUUCGAUACAUUAGCACAUCAAUCACGCAAAAAGUGCAAAAACACAAACAUUCCUUUUUCAAAUUCAAUUCAAUCAAUUCAUACUCAAACCAUUACCAACGCGUAAUCACUUCUCAAACGCGCUUCUAUAAAAAGAAACCCUCAUUCUCAUUUCUUCUUCAUCACCCAAACUACCAAAACCGUUACGCAGUUUCAAACCUCGCAGAUCUUCCAUGGCUUCCCCUAACCAAAACUUCGUCUACACCGCCAAACUCGCUGAACAAGCCGAACGCUACGAAGAAAUGGUUGAUGCGAUGAAGAAUGUUGCGAAACUCAACGUUGAAUUGACGGUUGAAGAGAGGAAUCUGUUAUCAGUUGCUUACAAGAAUGUUGUUGGAGCACGUAGGGCUUCUUGGAGGAUUCUUUCUUCGAUUGAGCAGCGAGAAGAAGCGAAAGGGAGUGAUGUGAAUGUCAAUCGGAUCAAGGAGUAUCGGAAAAAAGUUGAAUCGGAGUUGGCUGAUGUUUGUAAUGAUAUUAUGACUGUGAUUGAUGAUCAUCUUAUUCCGAAUUCUUCCGGUGAAUCUAAUGUGUUCUAUUACAAAAUGAAAGGCGAUUAUUAUCGUUAUCUGGCUGAGUUUAAGAGUGGUGAUGAGAGGAAAGAGGCUGCUGAUCAGUCCUUGAAAGCAUAUCAGGAAGCCUCCACUGCUGCAGAGGCUGAGUUACCUCCCACACAUCCCGUCAGACUGGGUUUGGCUUUGAACUUCUCUGUGUUCUAUUAUGAAAUCUUGAACUCUCCUGAAAGGGCUUGUCACCUUGCCAAGCAGGCAUUUGAUGUAGCAAUUGCUGAGUUGGAUUCUCUCAAUGAGGAAUCUUACAAGGACAGCACACUGAUCAUGCAGCUUCUGAGGGACAACCUGACAUUGUGGACUUCCGACAUUCCUGAGGAAGGAGUUGAGGAACAAAAGUCUGAAUCUGCCCGAGCUCCUCCUGCAGGAGAUAAUGCAGAGUAAAGUGACAGGUUUUACUAGGGGUUUGUGGUGUGAAUACGAAAGACUAGUCUCUAUGCAAGUUCUGGUGGUUCUCUGUUUCCAUGUUUUCUAGUUGUAGGAAUUUUAAAGCUCACCACUAGGAUGUUUUAAUUACACAGUAAGUAUGUCUCUAGGAAAAUUAUAAACCCUGGGGCUUUCUUCUUCAUUUGACAAUGUAAUCCAGCAUUGCCAAUGUUGCUUUAGAUGCUUUUUAGCUACCGGAAAAACAUAAGAUUCAUGGAUGACUGUAAUAAUUUAAUUGGUGCUUUUUGUCUACAUAUACACUAUUCAAAAAAAUGCCACCUUAGAUGAUUUCAUCAUCUUACAAA